AUGGCGGGAAGUUUACAUAUUGAAUUUAUCGCUCCCAGGAUUUUACUCGCUGAACUUAAAAUUUGGUACCUCUAUGCUUCAGAUGGGAAGGAAUCAGAGUGUAGCUUGGAGAAUUUCUAAUGGAAUCAUAUUCUCUGCUAGAAAAACUAAAAGAGACCAUAAAAAGAGAUUUUCAAGAUCUUGAAGAGAGAUAUGCAGAAUCUGAUAACAGGAUUCAAAGCUUGGAGAAACAGAACACUGAGAUAAAGGAGCUGGUCCAACAACUCAGAGAUGAAAAUACCAUUCUUAAAGAAAGCUUGGCAAAAGUUAGAAAGGAACUGGCGUACAAGGAUGAAAAGCUAAAAAGGAAAUAUGAAGAACUGGGUAAGAAAGAACAAUGGUGGGACCAAUUCCGAGAUGAAACUCAGCGAAGAUUUAAAGCAAUGAAAUCAUAUGGAACAUUUCCUCCACACAUCCUUGAAAAAUAUGUAAAUAAGGAUAUUUUCCAGGAGCUGAUAAAUAAUGCUCCAGCUAGCUCCUCCUUACAGAAAGAAGAUCACCUCAUGAUCAGGAAAAAGAAUGGCAAACUCUCCACCCUUAAGAGCAAGAAGAAAGUUAGAUACAACAAAGUGUCACCGUUACUGUCACAGUCAACUGCUGUGGAAGGUAUGACAACAAAUUCUCAAGACAAAGAUAAAAUGUAUGUCAGUGAAACCGAAGAAAAGGAAAAACUGAUAACAGAGGAUGAUGAGGUUUGUCCUGAUACCAAUGAAAGCACAAAACUGUACCAUUAUUCUCCACCUGAUCAAAGGCAAGUUGGUGGCAUUUCUGCUCAGCAGGAGGUUCUUGUUCCAGAAAGUGAAGAUAUGUACACAGAAGAAGUUGGUGAUGGCUUUAGUUGCUCAAUAGGGGCACCUUCUGCAACAAGUACACCUCGUGCUGCAGCCAGCCCACUCCCUUUUGACUAUGAUAAUGUUGACAAUUGUGAUGAUGAUAAUGGUGAUGAUGUGAGUGUGGGUGUUCUAGAUGUUCCAAAACAAUUUCCACAGGAUGACACUGUGGAUAUUUUGACAAAUGUUAAGUCAAGGUUAGCAAAUUUGCCAAAAUCAGAUUCACAGUUUCCAGUGGACUUGUCAUACACACAACCAGAAUCUCCAACAAUUCCAAGCCGAACGUGCUCUCUGCAACAAGACAUGAACCUGACAGCUGAUUGUUCAGUGUUUCUGUUGCCUCAUGAAAUCAAAACUGAAGAAAAGCAAGAAGGAAAACACAAUUUUGAUUCUAAAAUGAUCAAAGACAAUGAUAAAACAGGAUUUGUUAAUGAGGAAAUGGAAAAACAGCCACCACAACUGGAAGCUGGAAGCAGUUGCAAAGGCAAGGCCACCAAACAAACUACUUUGGACACAAAAUUUUUCAACACGAAAGGAGCUCUGGGAAAAAAAGAUUUUACUUCUGGAAAGAGAAAGAGAGGGACUUCAAUGGAGUGGGAUGAACAGGUGUUAUCGGGAAAAAUGAAAGAUUUUAGGGAGGAGCAACCUAAGGCUUUGUUCAAAGUACCUAUGGCACCACUUCCAAAAACACCAGACGUGAUUCUACUGGAGGAAUUUCAUUCACGCGGAGCUGACAAGAAGUCUUGUACAACCCCUUUGGGAAGCAGUGGAGAUAUCACAGGGCUGUACGCGAGUGGUAUGGACCUGUUUGGUAAUAUAGAUGAAAACUGCACAUCAGAUUUAAAACAGGACAGUGAAAAAGAAGGUGCUUGCUUGGAAGACUGUGAAAAAGAAAACUCAUUGAGCAAAAUUGAGAAACGUGGCAAUGAGACCACACAAGAAAACAGGCGUAAAGAUACGAAUGAGUGUUUAAAACCAAUGGGGGUCAGGAGUAAUGAUGCUCAACCAAAUUAUAAAUACGUGGAAGUCGUUCGGAAGAAAGACGAACGAGUCAAGCUAAACGGCUACAAAUGUCGUGACUGCCAAGAGUACUACCAGGGCCUUGAUCUUCCCGAAGACGAGCUGAAAAAGCGUUUGAAGCAUUGUUCUCGUCACCGAGCGAGGUUUUCACCACCCCCCUCCACUCCGCCAGGUUUUUGGAACUUAAGCUUUCCGGACACCCAAGAGUAUAUGGAUAAGGGCUAUUUAAAGACCGAGUCGGAAGCACCGGCUCCGAAGAGACUUCGGAAAACACGGCGGAAUAGAAUUGCGAAGUGAAGACUCUUCGAAGAUUUACGAUGAAUUCUGAAUUUUCUAUGAAGAUAUUUCUAUCGAUGAUUCCUGGGGUUAUCCAUGUAUUCAUGAAAAACAUUUGAUGAAAUAAAGAUGACACAAAGG